UACAGCAGUGAUUCUACGGACUGGAGACCGACAACGAGGGCAAGUGAUAGGAUUGCUGCUUACUGGAGCUAUACGAGAAAACAAAAAAAUACACAUCAUCACCCAUAAAUGGCUCACAGGACAUAACGGAUGCUUGAGUUUGGUGCAAGUAUACCAUACUACACCCCAACCGAAGCUCUUAAACUUGAUAGUCUACUGUUGCGUGGCAUAAGUAUUUUUUCAGCCGCAAAGGAGACGAUUGACUGCGUUAACGGGGAAAACAGACAGUGCAGGGGGCGGGAGAAAAGGGGGGUGAGAUUGGUGAAACAAUUUCUGUUGUGGAGGAUAUUUUGGAUUGCGCCCUGUUGGAAAGGCUCAUUGAACGGAGUUACGUUCUCAUUCAUUUCCCAUCUCAGCCACCACCCUGUGGAACUGGCCGUAGAUUCUCCUUCUAAUCACUCAGACGGAAAUGAAUGAUAGAAGAUUGGAAUUCCCUUUGGUCUACUACAAGUGAACGUUGUUCGAUUGCGAGUCAUAAAAACUCCUGCGCACAAUUACUGGGGUUUCAAGAAAUGGAGACUGAGGAUGCGGAUUACCAUCAUCUGUCGAGUGAAAUCAGUGGCACGAAUGUCUUGCCAGCAAUCCUUAAAUCAUUGUGUCGUUGGCAAGAAUAACGAAUUGUUUUAAUUUAUUUAAUCUUAUAUAUAUAUAUAUAUUUUUUUUAAAUAUAUAGGCCUAGGCUAUAUAUAAAUCCACCAAAACACAAAACUUGGAAAAAUAGUAGGCUAUACUCUGAACACGAAUUUGUAUCUACCUGUCAAACAGUGUAGCCCAUUUGCUGGACCAAGUUUUUUUUUCUUUUUUACUUUUUGUGAACUCGGUGGCAUCAUCUCCCUUUUCCACUAUUUUGGAAUUAAGUUAUUUGCUUUUUAGAGAGGUGAAUAAUUAAUUGAUCAGGAAUGAGAUCUGGGACAGAGAGGAAUACUUUGACCUUGUUUUGGGGUCUGACGCUAUCUGUCUCCACUAUCUACCUAUGGACGGCAAAUGGAGAAAUCUGUGGUCCAAGUAUUGACAUACGUAAUGACAUCAGUGAGUUCAAGCGUCUGGAGAACUGCACGGUGGUGGAGGGCUUCCUGCAGAUACUCCUCAUCGGAGACAAGACCAACAACCUCAACCAGGAGCUCUUCCGCUCCCUCAGCUUCCCCAAGCUGACCGUCAUCACCGACUACCUGCUCCUGUUCCGGGUCUCUGGCCUGGACAGCCUCAGCACGCUCUUCCCCAACCUCAACGUCAUUCACGGACGCAACCUCUUCUACAACUAUGCCCUGGUUAUUUUUGAGAUGACCAGUCUGAAGGACAUCGGCCUGUACAACCUGAGGAACAUCACGCGAGGGGCCAUCCGGAUUGAGAAGAACCCGGAGCUCUGCUACCUGGACUCUGUGGACUGGUCUCUCAUCAUGGACGCAGAGUUCAACAACUUCAUCGCGGGGAACAAGCAGUCCAAGGAGUGUGGUGAUGUGUGUCCAGGCAUCACGGAGGACAACGCUCAGUGCAUCAAGACCAGCUUUAACGGCAACUUUAACUCUCGCUGCUGGACAUCCAACCACUGCCAGAAAGUGUGCCCAGAGAAGAAGUGUGAGCGGCGGGCAUGUACGGACGGUGGUGAGUGUUGCCAUGCCCAGUGCCUGGGAAGCUGUACGGAGCCGGACGACGACAUGGCCUGCGCAGCCUGCCUAAACUACUACCAUGAGGGCCGCUGCGUGCAGGACUGCCCACGAGACACUUACAAGUUUGAGGGCUGGCGCUGCAUCACCAUGGACCUGUGUGAACAUGUGCACCUGGCCGGUGACUUUCACUUUGUCAUCCACGGAGGGGAGUGCAUGCCUGAGUGUCCAUCAGGCUUCACACGCAAUGAGAGCAAUAAUCACAGUAUGUUCUGCAGUGCCUGUGAUGGCUUGUGUGAUAAGAUCUGCGACUCCAAGACCAUCGACUCAGUGGAUGCUGCUCAGUCUCUAAUGGGCUGCACAGUCAUCAAAGGCAACCUGCAAAUCAACAUCCGCCGUGGCAAUAACAUUGCCUCAGAGCUGGAGAGCUUCAUGGGGCUGAUCCAGACAGUGACAGGCUAUGUGAGGAUCCGACAUUCCCACACACUGGGAUCGCUCUCCUUCCUCAAGAGCCUGCGCUACAUCAACGGGGAGGAGCUCAUGGAAGGGAUGUAUGCUUUUUCUGCCAUUGACAACCAGCGCCUGCAGUACCUGUGGGACUGGACCCAACACAACCUGACCAUCAGGGCUGGGAGGCUAUCCUUCCGCUUCAACCCCAAACUCUGCAUGUCUGAGAUCCACAAUAUGUGGGAGAAGACUGACAUCACUGAGAAGUUUGAGGAGGGCGAUUUCCGCAACAAUGGAGACAGAGCAAGCUGUGAGAGUCAUAUCCUGAAGUUCAAGUCCAACAGCACGAUGAGUAACCGGAUCAAGCUGACUUGGGAGCGCUACCGACCACCAGACUACAGAGACCUCAUCAGCUUCAUCGUCUACUACAAGGAAGCACCGCACCAGAACAUCACAGAGUUUGAUGGCCAGGAUGGGUGCGGCUCCAACAGUUGGAACAUGGUUGACGUGGACCUACCGCAAGACAAAGAGAUAGACCCUGGUGUGCUGCUGUCCCCACUGAAGCCCUGGACCCAGUACGCCAUCUUUGUCAAGGCCAUCACCCUGGUGGUGGAGGACAAACACAUCCCUGGAGCCAAGAGUGACGUGGUCUAUAUACGCACCAGCCCCUCAGAGCCGUCUAUGCCAAUGGAUACCCGGGCGUAUUCCAACUCGUCCUCGAAGCUGGUGGUGAAAUGGUCACCUCCCCUCAACCCUAACGGCAAUCUCACUUUUUACCUGAUCCGCUGGCAGCAGCAAGCUGAAGACAAGGAGCUGUACCAACACAACUACUGCUCCAAAGAGCUGAAGAUCCCCAUUAGAAUCUCAGCCACAGGGUUGGCAGACAUGGAGGACGACACCAAGCCCACCAAGCCUGACCUGUCUGGGGGGGACAAGGGCCCCUGCUGCCCCUGCCCCAAGACCAAGGAGGACCUGAAGGCAGAGAUAGAUGACGCAUCCUACCGCAAAGUCUUUGAGAACUUCCUGCACAACUCCAUCUUCACCCCCAGGCCCCCAGACCGGCGGCGUAGGGAUCUAUUUGGGGUGGCUAACAGCACCUUGUCGCGGGGUGGCAACACCACAGGCCUGGAGGGUAAUGGGACAGAAGGAGAAUCCCCCGAGAGGGAGUUCCCCUUCAUGGAGGACCGGAGCAAGACAGAGUUUAUCGAGAUCCCCAACCUACAGCCCUUCACUGUGUACCGCAUCGACAUCCACGCCUGUAACCAGGAGGUCCGUCGCUGCAGCGCUGGAUCCUUCGUCUUCUCCAGGACCAAACCUGCAGACAAAGCGGAUGACAUGCCAGGCACGGUGAAUCAGGAGAGGGAUGAGAAGGUGGAGGGGUCGGUGCUGCUGAGGUGGCCGGAGCCUGUCAACCCCAACGGUCUCAUCCUAAUGUAUGAGAUUAAGUUUCGCCAAGGCACCGAGCCUGAGAAACAUGAGUGUGUGUCACGCCAGCACUACAGAGUGCACAAAGGAGCUCGUCUGACCAACCUAGGCUCUGGGAACUACUCUGCCCGCGUGCGCGCCACCUCCCUGGCAGGAAACGGGUCCUGGACUGAGCCAGUGUCCUUCUACGUAACCCCACGCACACGGGACUACGACAUCACGUUCUAUCUGGUCAUCAUCAUCCCCAUCAUAGUGAUCAUUCUUAUCGCCAGCCUCAUUACUGCACUCUUUUUUAUCAACAAAAAAAGGAACAGUGACAGGCUGGGGAAUGGUGUCCUCUAUGCUUCUGUCAACCCUGAGUACUUCAGUGCUGCUGAGAUGUAUGUUCCAGAUGAGUGGGAGGUGGCCAGGGAAAAGAUCACCAUGCACAAGGAGUUGGGCCAGGGUUCCUUUGGCAUGGUGUACGAGGGCCUCGCUAAGGGCGUGGUUAAAGACGACCCAGAGACGCGCGUGGCCAUCAAGACGGUCAACGAAUCAGCCAGCAUGAGGGAGAGGAUAGAGUUCCUCAAUGAGGCUUCCGUCAUGAAGGAGUUCAACUGUCACCACGUGGUGCGUCUGCUGGGCGUGGUCUCUCAGGGACAGCCCACCUUGGUGAUAAUGGAGCUGAUGACCCGUGGAGACCUGAAGAGUCACUUGCGCUCACUCCGUAAAGAGAACACGUCCAGCCAGGUUCUGCCCCCGCUGAAGAAGAUGAUCCAGAUGGCAGGGGAGAUUGCGGACGGCAUGGCAUACCUCAACGCCAACAAGUUCGUCCACAGAGACCUGGCUGCCAGGAACUGCAUGGUGGCGGAGGACUUCACCGUCAAGAUCGGGGACUUUGGCAUGACGCGAGACAUCUACGAGACGGAUUACUAUCGGAAAGGAGGGAAGGGCCUUCUGCCAGUCCGCUGGAUGUCCCCAGAGUCGCUGAAAGACGGAGUGUUCACCACAAACUCUGAUGUCUGGUCAUUUGGGGUGGUGCUGUGGGAGAUUUCUACCUUGUCUGAGCAGCCGUAUCAGGGCAUGUCCAACGAGCAGGUGCUGCGUUUCGUCAUGGAGGGAGGACUCCUGGACAAGCCUGACAACUGUCCUGACAUGCUGUUUGAGCUGAUGCGGAUGUGCUGGCAGUACAACCCCAAGAUGCGUCCUUCCUUCCUGGAGAUCAUCAACAGCCUCAAGGAGGAGCUGGAGCCUCCGUUCAGUGAGAUGAGCUUCUUCUUCAGCGAGGAGAACAAGCCCCCGGACACUGAGGAGCUGGACAUGGAGGUGGAGAACAUGGAGAACGUGCCACUGGACCCUGCACCCAGCAGACCCCCCACUGCUGUUCCUCUACCCUCCCAGGGACCCAUGGGGGCCACAGGGGGCUCAGCACCCCCUCCUCCCCAGCAGUUAUCCCCAAUGCAAUGCCCUUCUAAUACCCUGAAGGGACCUGGCUCUCCCUCCACCUCAGUCCCGGCUGCCUCUGUCUCGGCCUCCCCAGGCCUGGCCUUGGACAAGCACUCAGGACAGAUAUCGGCCAACGGGCCAGUGGUGGUGCUGCGGCCCAACUUUGAGGACACACAGAACUACGCUCACAUGAACGGGGGGCGCAAAAAUGAGCGGGCGCUGCCACUGCCCCAGUCUUCAGCCUGCUGAUCCCCUCCUCCCCCCUCAGCCAGAUCACCCCACUCCUCUUCUCACACAGGGUAACAUAAACUUCUCCCCUGUUUUAGUUAUAAUGGGGUGAUGGAUGAGUGAAUAACUGACACAUUAUACUACUCUACUGCAGUAGGAGUCUUUCAUUUUUAAAUAAUAUUAUCAAGAUUUAUUAUUGAAUACCAAGACUGAGAAACAGCACAGAAACCUGCUAAAGCGUUUGGAGUAUGGUGGCUCAGAACGAACAACAACACUGGGAAGCUCUAGUGUUUACUUCUUGUUUAGUAUUUGUUACUUUAAAAACAUAAUUAAAGAAGGACAUCAUCAAAUAUUCCCUGACUGACAGGUAUUGUAAGUGAGAGACAAUAACUUUUAAAAAAGAAUUUGAAGCAUAUCUGCUAGAAAAUCCAACAGACGAGCCCAUUUAGGUCAUUUCUGAGAGAAUAAUGUGUAUAUCUGAGUGUGUUUAUACUGCCUUUAGAAAGUAUUAAGACCCCUUGACUUUUUCCAAUUUUUUUAACGUUACAGCCUUAUUCUAAGAUAUUUUUACCCUAUAAUAACAAAGCAAAAGUAGAUUUUGCAAGUAUUCCUGCCCUUUGUUAUGAGAUGCAUACUGUUUCCAUUGAUCAUCUUUGAGAUGUUUCUACAACUUGAUUGGAGUCCACGAGUGGUAAAUUCAAUUGAUUGAACAUGAUUUGGAAAGGCACACACCUGUCUAUAUAAGGUCCCACAGUUGACAGUGCACAUCAGAGCAAAAACCAAGCCCUGAGAUCGAAGGAAUUGUCCAUACAGUUCCAAGACAGGGUUGUGUCGAGGCACAGAUCUGAGGAAGGGUACCAAAAAAAUUCUGCAGCAUUGAAGGUCCCUAAGAACAGUGGCCUCCAUCAUUAUUAAAUGGAAGACAUUUGGCACCACCAAGACUCUUCCUAGAGCUGGCUGCCCGGCCAAACUAAGCAAUCGGAGGAGGUGACCAAGAACCGGAUGGUCACUCUGACAGAGCUCCAAAGUUCCUCUGUGGAGAUGGGAGACAACCAUCUCUGCAGCACUCCAUCAGACAUUUAUGGUUGAGUGGCCAGACGGAAGCCACUCCUUAGUAAAAGGCACAUGACAGCUCACCUGGAGUUUGCUAAAAGGCACUUAAAGGACUCUCAAACCAUGAGAAUCAAGAUUCUGUGGUCUGAUGAACCAAGAUUGAACUCUUUGGCCUGAAUGCCAAGGGUCACAUCUGGAGGAAACCUGGUACCAUCCCUGCGGUGAAGCAUGGUGAUGGCAGCAUCAUGCUGUUGGGAUGUUUUUCAGCAGCAGGGAGACUAGUCAGGGUCAAGGCAAAGAUGAACGGAGCAAAGCACAGAGAGAUCCUUGAUGAAACCCUGCUCGGGACAAGUCUAAGCACGCAGCCAAGACAACCCAGGGGUGGCUUCGGAACAAGUCUCUGAAUGUCCUUGAGUGGCCCAGCCAGAGCCCGGACUUGAACCCGACCGGACAUCUCUGGAGAGACCUGAAAAUAGCUGUGCAGCGACGCUCCCCGUCCAACCUGACAGAGCUUGAGAGGAUCUGCAGAGAAGAAUGGGAGAAACUCCUCAAAUACAUUUGUGCCAAGCUUUUAGCAUCAUACCCAAGAAGAAUUGAGGCUGUAAUUGCUGCCAAAGGUGCUUCAACAAAGUACUGAGUAAAGGAUCUGAAUACUUAUGUAAAUGUAAUUACAUUUUUUCAUUUUUAAUAGAUUUGCUAAAAUGUCUAAACAUGUUUUUGCUUCGUCAUUAUGGGGUAUUGUGUGUAGAAUGAUGAGGAUUUUCUUUAAUCAAUUUUAGAAUCAGGCUGUAAUGUAACAAAAUGUGGAAAAAGACAAGGGGUCUGAACACAUUCCAAAUGCACUGUAUUUCUAUACCAACACAUGAGUCUCUCGACAGCAAGAUAUAGCUCCUCUUAAAAACCUAUUUUCAUCGGUAUACUUCUCCCACAUUUCAGACAUUGAUGUGUUCUGGACUAGGAUAAUUGGUUUUCCUGUAAAUAUUCCUGGAAUGAUUUCAGGAGUGGGUAGAUAUCAUAGAGGGAGGGCAAUUGUGAAUUGGACACAUUUUUUGUCAAAUCAAAGUUAGUAGUUUUCUCCUUCUUGCUCUUCAUUUGUCCUAUUGAUUUGACAUGAAGAGAAACAUAAUCAAGCAUCCUAAAAAACCCAAAUUGCUGUUUAUUUAGUUUUCUACUUCACAAUUACAAUCCAAUUGUAAAAGGAAUUUGCCUGUUUUCUCUUGGUUUUUUUCCGAGUUACAUCAGAGCCCUUAUUGGAUUCCUCUUCUAUUGUAUGUGUCAUCUGAGAGAUGAAAACACCAACAUCACCAACAGAGACAUUGAGCAAAAAGGACUUGGUGCCAAAAAUGCAACACAUACAGAAACAAACCUGAAGUAGAAGGUAUUGGAUCAGUUCUAAUACAAGGAGAACUAAAGGACUCAACAGAACUCCACCUUGUGACUACACAUACGUCUGCUAAAAGCAUGCGAGGCAUUGUACGCAGCAGAUCUUUUUUAGACUUGUCAUUAGUAUCUCUGUACAAUUCAAACAUUUAUAUAAAGGUCUUACAGUUGUAUGUUAGACCUUAGGAUCAUUUUCACACACAUCAUUGGUUUGUCACUUUUAUAACUUUUGUACUGUUCAGAUGUUCACCUGUACAGAAUGAAGCUGCUAUUUUAUUAUUUUUCUUUUU